AUGACCACCUCUGAUGCGCGUUGGGAAUUUGGGAUUCCUUAUUUCGAAAAUAAUAAGACAUGGAGAUUAAUAGAUUUCUUAGAAUGGAGCAUAGAGUUUGCAAAAGACUUUGGUAAUAAACAAGAUGAACACUUGUUAUAUAAGAUUUGUUUGGAGAAGCUACACCUAAAUCCGCAAUUACUUAAGUCUCACAAUAAUGAAAAUAAUGAACUUGUUCAACAGUGUUGUUUGAAGUCAUUUCAGAAGGAUAUGAAGUCGCUAAAAGUAAAAAAAUUCUGGGAAAGCAAUUCUGCUGUUAUGGAAAAAUUAAAAGAAACAUCAGUUCUUAAUUCUAAAAAUAUAAUAAAUCAAGUUUUACGUUUACAUACAGAUUUUAGUGAGGCACUUUUUAAUACUACCCGAGAAACAGUACAACCUGUCUUGAAACAAAGGCUAUCACCUGAAAACAGUUUAAUAUCUGAACAUGAAAAACAUUUGAAUGAAGAUGAGGGAUAUGUAUUUGCAGUUGGUGCUGAAUUAUCAAACAGUAUGUCAGAAAAUCAAGAGGAUUCUAUUAUCAAUGAUGAAAAUGAAUAUGUUGCUGGUGACGAAGUUGAUGUAAAGGUAAAAAAGGUGACAAUUUAUGGCAAUUCAGAUUUAACUAAUAUAGUACUUGAAAAAAUUACUGAAUAUAUGUGGAAAUUAUCUUCUGGAAGAUAUGUAAAAGAAGAAUUAUACAGUCUCGGAAAGUCAUUGGAGUAUGAACACAAAGUAAGAACCCAUUUUACUGAAGAAGAACUAUGUGAAAUUAAAAUGGCACCCAGAUCCAAUGUACCACCUAUCUCAGAUGAAAUUGUUGAUUAUCUUGAACAAAUAAAUGGAAAGUUUGAAAGAACACUGAAACAUGAAAAUCUUGAAUCAUGGUACAAUUGCCAUGUUUGGGCACCAAUUGUAGAUCAAUGUUUUGGUGAUCUUGAUGGAACUUCAAUACCAACUGAUAGAAAGAAACUUGGUCAUUGUGGUGAUUGGAUCCUAAGGACAACGGGAAACAAAGACAAUGAUGAGUUUGGAGCUGGUGAGGCUGGCAAAAAAUUUUCUGGUGAAUUUGACACAAAUAUUUUGACUGAAUCUAGCAUGAAGUUGCCAAAGAUGCUCAAAGACAUGCUAGUCAAAUUAUUGAAAAGAGUCAAUUGGGAUAUUGAUAAAAGAAAACAAAUGCAAACUAUGGGAGUAAUUCAUGCUG